GAUAGAUUUUUCACUGCGGGUACCAGUCAUUUCCUCAUUUUAUUCGACAUUCAAAAAAUCCAUCAACAAAGAAAUCAACCCUAAACAAACAAAAAUUUGGAUCGAUGAUGAGUGAGACAGCAGAUCUCCAACCAAACGAAUUAUCAAAAACAAGUUUCGAUACAGCCCGAAUCGGAGAAGUCAAAUCUUGGAUAGCUUCUCAAUUUGAAUUGGCCGGAAAAGAUCAUGUUCCUGAAUUUGAAUACACACCCAGAAGCAUUUCACAUUUGCAUAAUUUAGCCACAGUUUCUCAAGCCAAAACCCAAGCUGCAUCCAUUAUUGCCAAUGAUUUUCGACUUAAAGCCUCCGAAUAUCGAUCCCAAGCUGUGAGGAUUAGAGAGAUAUUAGAGAACGUUGGAUUAGCACAAGAAGGUUUGCCAGCGAGUGUUGUUUCAGCGUCACAAGUUCUUGCUAAUGUGGCUAAUUUGCUGAACAUUAGGGAUACCGAGCUGAGUAGCUUUCUUGUGGCUAUGGGGGACGUUUCAUUACGAAAGACUGAAGUAGAGGAUAAAAGGGCUAAAGUGCAAAAGGAAUCCAAGAUUCUUCUUGAUUACACGCGGAAGGCCAUUGCAAGAUUGACAUAUUUGAAAAGAACACUUGCACAGCUUGAAGAUGAUGUAGCUCCCUGUGAGAGUCAAAUGGAUGCUUGGAAAACAAACCUGUCAAUUAUGACUUCAAAAGAGAGACAAUACCUUCAACAAUAUUCAAACUACAAGGCGAUGCUUACUCGUGUAGGCUACACCCCUGAAAUCAGUCAUGGAAUGUUGGUGGAAAUGGCCGAGCAUAGAAAAGAUUUAGACAAGAAAACAAAGCCUAUACUCGAUACUUUGAGAAGUUACCAAGACCUGCCCCCGGAUAAAGCUUUGGCUGCACUUGCGAUUGAGGAUAAGAAACGACAAUAUAACGCUGCUGAAAAGUAUCUCGAAGAUGUAUUGCAAUCAGCUCUUGCCACCUCAGAAGAUUAAAAUUUGUGUUGUAACCAGCUUAUGUACAGUAAAUGAGACCCAUCAUCAUAGAUUGUCAUUUUAAUGAUUGUAAGACAUUCCUGUUUUGAAACAAUGAGACCUACAAGAUCUCAAGAGUUCUUAGUUAGGGAAUUUGAUUGUAACCA